GAAAUGUCAAAUUAUGACAUUGACAUAGUUAUAAAUAUUUUGAUUCCGUUGUCUGGCUUGUAUUUAUAACUUCGAUCAAACGAUUUAUGAAGUCUCUCUAAAUAACUCAUUAUUUUUACUCCGUUUUCAUUUUGGAACAUCUACGAUAGAAAAUGAAUGAGACUAGUAUAAAAGUGCCAGGGUACAUGGCCCAAUUAUUGGAAGAACUUGGCUGGAAUCAAGGCACAAGGAUUCCUUUAGCUAAUCCAGACAAUCAGAAUUUAGAAACACUUCUUAUAUCGAGGCAAGAUGAAAUACAACGGCUGAAGGAAGCUUUAAUUUUACAAAAUCAAAAAAGAUCUGAUCUCAAUAAAUAUAAAGAACAUGUUCAUACUGAAUAUCAGGAAAAUACACGUUUACUAUUUGCUAAUAAGCAACAGUUGGAGCAAGAAGUCAAGCUUCGUCAACUAUCUUGCAAUGAAGCAGAUCGGCUAGAACGAGAUGUCACUGACUGUAACAAAGAGACAUCAGCAAUCAAUACAAGGAUUGAUAGAUUACAGACUAACAUUGCCAAACUUCUCAAAAAGGCUGAUUCUCUGAAGAGUGAAGUAUGUGGUGAGCGUGGAGCUUUGCAAGAAUGGAGGGCUGCUUUGGAAAGAAGUGCUGGUGAUAUAUCAGCUAUUGAACAAUUCACUAAACAAGAUUUAUCUAAAGCUAAAAAUUUGGAGACAAAAAGGCAGAAACUAAAGAUUGAACAUGAUUGUGUGCAUGAGCGUUUGGUACAACUUGUGUCUAACCUCAGUGCUGAAGAACGAGCAUGUGAAAGGAUUUCUGUUCAGGUUAUGGAGGGUAUGGAGCAACGAAAACAGAUGAUGUCAAUGUGGACAGGUGCAGUUGAAAAUUUAAGGCAGCGGGAUACAGACAUACGUCAUAUCAGAGAGGAUUAUGCUGUAUUAGAUGCAGAGGCGAAUAACCUAGCGGAGCAGUGUCGCGACCAGCAAGCGUUCUGCGACCAGCAGCAAGGCAACAAUGCGGAUGCACAGAGAGAGAAUAUGGGCCUGGCUCAGCAGCUUAGUCAAAUACGCUUGGCAUAUCAGGAAACAUUUGAUGAUAAUGUUACUUUGGAUAGUGAGGUACAAAGUUUGCAACGUGUGUCCAGCAAUAUGACAAGUGGAUUGGAAAAAUUGCACUCCGAAAAUAGGCAACUCCUGGACGAACAACAUCGCAAAGAUGUCGCACUGCAGGCUCUUCACAGUAAAAUCAAAGAACUAAAAGAAAAACUUGCCGAAUCCACUGAUAAAUCUAAAAGUUCGGAAAAACGGGCCAAGGAGCUGGAGGACAUGCUGAACGAAGAAGAACGUUAUGCAAGCCAGCUAACCAUGAACCAACAGCGUGCCAUGCACUGUUCAUUCGUUGAACAACAAAAGUUAUUAGCCCUGAAAAAUGAAGAGAAACUUUUCCAUAUGCAGCUUAAAGCAUCAAAGGCUAUAAUGAGCAAACUAGACAGCAAACAGCGUAGUGUUGAAAGAAGCUUACAAAGUCAAAAAGAAUCGCUUUAUGGUAUUUGUUACCAAGUCGAAACUAUUGGUGCUCAAGUAGCUCAUAUGGAAGGCGCAAAGGCCGAACGCGAAUGCUCAGCAGAGCUCGUUGAGAGAGAAAACAGACUUAAAGAGGUGCGUGCGCGUCACGCCGCCCGCGUGGCGACGUUAGAGCGACAUUCUGGCAAAUUGUACGACGACAUGCGUCGCCUUACUAGAGAUCUUGAAUUUAAAAGCGGAGAACAUUGCAAGCUGCAAAGUCGUCUAAAAACAUCGAUGUUGAACGUGGACGGGGGGGAGAAGGAGCUGCGCGCCCGGCGCGACACCUGGCGGCGCUUGCGUGUGGAGGAGGCGCUGAUGCGGCUGCGCGUCGCGCACGCCACCAGGGCGCUCGCCGGCCUCGACGACACCGCCUUCACCUUGGACAAGCAGAGGCUGCAGUUGGACGCGGCAAUGAACGAGCGCCUUGUGGAGAUAUCAGCACGCCGAGACAUGUUCAGCGUGCAAAAGAGAGCUCUCUUUGAAGAUAUAGGAAAGAUACGUUCCGAAAUACGGGAAAGAGAACAGCGGAUUGAGCAACUGAUCAAAAGAUACGAUAUAUUCAUAGCUUCGUUGGGUAAGGAUGAAUCUGGUCAACAACUGUCAGUGACUUUCUUCAAGAUAAAGUUCGCAGCGGAGCGCGCGGAGCUGCGCGAGCGCGGCGCGGCGCUGGACGCGGACAUCGGGCGGCGCGAGCGCGACAUCUCCGCGCUGGAGGCGACCCUGCGCGUCGUGCACGCGGCCCACAAGCACUUCCUGCACCACGUCGCGCCGCUGCAAGAUGAUACUCCCGAAAUAGAAGAGUUGAACAAUCUUACAAAGGAAUACUAUGAGAAACGCGAAGAACUCAAACAGUUGAACAACAAAAUAGCGUCCCUCGAACAGAUUGUAUCAGACGCGAGUUCUCGAUUCACUAUGCUCAGUGAUAAGUGCAAGCAGCUGUCUGCCAAAGAGGCGGACUACGAGAACGAUCUAGAAGGCGCUCGUGAACGCGUGCAGCGACACGAGAGUCGGCUGCAGAACGCGCAGGACGUCGUGAGAGUUAACGCGAGACGCGCCAAGAAACUGGUGGAGGGAGAGGAGGAUUGGAGGAUCUUUCAGAUGUCGAUAUGGAGCCGCAACUACGGCGAGGCGGCGUUCAGCGCGGUGCAGGCGCUGGGCGAGGUGUGCGCCGCGUGGCCGGCCGCCGCGCCGCGCCUCGCCGCCGCGCUCGCCGCCGCCGACCUGCGCCACCACCUCACCGCCAACCAGCGCCGCUUGCACGCCUUGCUGCAAAGGAUUAUAUCGGAAGGAACGGUUUCUCAAGCCAGAGAAUCUGUCCAGGAUCUUGACGAAUCUGUAUUCUCAAGUUCGUCGGAAUCCAUCAGGAGUGGAGUAAGCAUCGCCAGCGGCUACACUAAGAGAAUAUCGGCUUUUAGGAGAACUCUUGCACCAAAAGUCCAAGAAUCCGCGUUGAUCGAAGAUAUUCCUGAGCAAGCUCGUCGUUCAACGGUGUCGUUGCGUGUGGUGACUCUCGGCUUGGAAGAGUCUACGCCAACGAUGCACCCUAUAGCUAGUGCGCGAUCACGAAAAUCAUUUAGAUAAUCUUAUUUUAUAUAUCUUUUUGCAUUUAUCCAGAUAUAUGUUUGCAUUUUGUUAACCUUGUAUCUCAUGCUUAUAUCUCUAAAAAUAUUGGAGAUAUUCGGUGGCGCCAACAAGUUUUUAAUUAUUUUUAUAAUAAUAAAAUAUUCAUACGUUU